CAGCUGCCCUUCUCCCCCGCUGCCACCUCCACAUCCGGGGGACACGAGUACGAGGCCCCGCAUCCUCCUGAAGCCUUGUACCGCGCUGUUGGUCCUCCGCCGGGGCUCGGCUGUCCCUGUCAUCCUCACCCCCGCCGACCGGCCACAGAGCCGGCUGCUUCCUCUGCCAGCUGCGACCUCCCUUCCGCCGCCUGGCCCGGCCCGGCUUGCCGAACAGACCAGCUGGACCCCCGCCCCUCCUCCGCACCCCCUCCCCCCGGGACGUAGGCGAUUGAAUUUCUGGCCCAGCGUCGCUUUGGGGCCUCCUGCUUUAAAGGGCUCGGAUUGGCCUGUGGUCACCAAGAGGUCCAGCAGGGGCCUAGGGGCUUCUGCUUGGCCUUCUCGGGUCUCUCCUCCCCCCCACCCGCAUGGUCCCCAACUUGUUGUCGUGUCUCACGGUUCUGCUUUUUGGUUUGUUUGGCAAAACCAGGCAGCGGGUCGCUCACCUACCUGCAUCACCGGAUGCCUUGUCAUUUGCGGCUGUGUGAUCUCGGGAAGGUGGGCAUCACGGGCCUUGCAGCAGCCUAGCGGGAUGCCCUGCAAAAUGCCUCCAUCAGCCAUCAUGCUGCUCUGAGAGGCCGGCGGUGCUGAGUCACCAGCUCUGUCCACCUCAUUUGGGUGGGCCAACUCCGUGCGCACCUAUGCGAGGCUGCUGAUGGGGAAGAGGGGUUCCUGUAGAGCUGUGGGGUUUUUCUUGACCGGGUGAAAGGAGGUCUUGACCCUUGCCAUUGAACUGGCCUGUAGCCAGCAUCGAGGUGGCUUGUAGGCCAGCAGCCCUUCUGCAUUGUGAGUGGGUGUGAUGGUCCAAGACGUCUUCAGGAAAGGGCUCCCGCAGGCUGGCCUCUCUGCCUGAUCGAUUCUAACCCCUGCUUUGUAGUUGCUGUUGACUGGGACUUGGAGCCAGUUUACAGAUGUGUCUAGUUCUUUUGGGGUUAGGUUUGGUGGUUUGGGCUUGUUUCCUGUCCUUUCUACUGGAAGAUAAACUGUACUCCCGGUAGUGAGUGACCCAUUCAUACACGCAUUAGUGUUUGGCUGAGGGGUGCAUUUAUCACUUUGACAACCGAAGAGCAGACGGAAGGAGCUGGGGAGCCGACAGUCUUCCUGGGAAUGCUAGACCUGGAAGUCAACACACCUUGCUCUGUUAUUGACCUCACUGAUCCCAGGUUCACUGGUUAAAACUGUGGGCCUACUGCUAGCCUGGGGCCCACCAACCCAUUGAUCCUGGAGACUGCCCCUGGGGCACCCCAUGUCAGGGCCUGCCACCAUGCGCCUGAGCUCCGUGUUGGCUCUGCUGCGGCCAGCGCUGCCCCUCAUCCUAGGGCUGUCCCUGGGCUGCAGCCUGAGCCUCCUGCGGGUUUCCUGGAUCCAGGGGGAGGGGGAAGAUCCCUGUGUAGAGGCCGUUGGGAAGCCAGGAGGGCCACAGAAUCCAGACUCAAAAAGUGGGCUGGAUCAAAGUGAUGAAGACUUCAAACCGCGGAUUGUCCCCUACUACAGAGACCCCAACAAGCCCUACAAGAAGGUGCUCAGGACUCGGUAUAUCCAGACGGAGCUAGGUUCUCGUGAGCGCUUGCUGGUGGCUGUGCUGACCUCCCGCGCCACGCUGCCCACUCUGGCUGUAGCUGUUAACCGCACAGUGGCUCACCACUUCCCUCGGUUACUGUACUUCACUGGGCAGCGGGGGGCCCGGAUCCCUGCAGGGAUGCAGGUGGUGUCUCACGGGGAUGAGCGUCCUGCCUGGCUCAUGUCGGAGACCCUGCGCCACCUCCACGCACAUUUUGGAGCUGACUACGACUGGUUCUUCGUCAUGCAGGACGACACGUACGUGCAGGCGCCCCGCCUCGCAGCCCUUGUUGGCCAUCUCAGCAUCAACCAGGACCUGUACCUGGGCCGAGCGGAGGAGUUUAUCGGUGCCGGCGAGCAGGCUCGGUACUGCCACGGGGGCUUUGGCUACCUGCUCUCACGGAGCCUCCUGCUUCGCUUGCGGCCCCAUCUGGAUGGCUGCCGAGGCGACAUUCUUAGUGCCCGUCCUGACGAAUGGCUUGGCCGAUGCCUCAUCGACUCUCUGGGCAUUGGUUGUGUCUCGCAGCACCAGGGGCAGCAGUACCACUCCUUUGAACUGGCCAAGAAUAGGGACCCUGAGAAGGAGGGGAGCUUGGCUUUCGUGAGUGCCUUCGCUGUUCACCCAGUCUCUGAGAGCACCCUCAUGUACCGGCUGCACAAACGCUUCAGUGCUCUGGAGCUGGAGCGGGCUUACAGUGAGAUAGAACAGCUACAGGCUCAGAUCCGGAACCUGACAGCGCUGACCCCUGAGGGGAAGGCAGGCCUGAGCUGGCCCAUUGGGCUCCCAGCCCCUUUCACACCACGCUCUCGCUUUGAGGUACUGGGCUGGGACUACUUCACGGAGCAGCACGCCUUCUCCUGUGCCGAUGGGGCUCCCAAGUGCCCGCUGCAGGGGGCGAGCAGGGCAGACGUGGGCGAUGCUGUGGACACUGCUCUGGAGCAGCUCAAUCGCCGCUACCAGCCCCGUCUACGCUUCCAGAAGCAGCGCUUGCUCAAUGGCUACCGGCGUUUUGACCCAGCUCGGGGCAUGGAGUACACCCUGGACCUGCUUUUGGAAGCUGUGACUCAGCGCGGGCACCGGAGGGCCCUGGCCCGCAGGGUCAGCCUGCUGCGGCCACUGAGCCGGGUGGAAAUUCUGCCGAUGCCUUAUGUAACCGAGGCCACCCGGGUGCAGCUGGUACUGCCGCUCCUUGUGGCCGAAGCGGCUGCAGCCCUGGCUUUCCUCGAGGCCUUUGCCACCAGUGCCCUGGAGCCCCGAGAGCACGCGCUGCUCACCCUGUUGCUGGUCUAUGGGCCCCGGGAAGGCGGCCGUGGGGCUCCCGAUCCAUUUCUCAGGGUGAAGGCUGCAGCGGCUGAGCUAGAACGACGGUACCCCGGGGCAAGGCUGGCCUGGCUUGCCGUGCGAGCGGAGGCCCCUUCCCAGGUGCGACUAAUGGAUGUGAUCUCCAAGAAGCACCCUGUGGACACGCUUUUCUUCCUCACCACUGUGUGGACUAGGCCUGGUCCUGAAGUCCUCAACCGCUGCCGCAUGAAUGCCAUAUCUGGCUGGCAGGCCUUUUUUCCAGUGCACUUCCAGGAGUUCAACCCCAUCCUAUCACCACAGAGAUCGCCCCCAGGACCCCCAGGGGCUGGCCCUGAUCCCCCAUCCCCUCCUGGCGCGGACCCUUCCCAUGGGACUCCGGUUGGGGGCAGAUUUGACCGGCAGGCAUCUGCAGAGGGCUGUUUCUACAACGCUGACUACCUGGCAGCCCGUGCCCGGCUGGCUGGUGAACUGGCAGGCCAGGAAGAGGAGGAAGCCCUGGAGGGGCUGGAGGUGAUGGAUGUUUUCCUCCGGUUCUCAGGGCUCCACCUCUUUCGAGCCGUAGAGCCAGGGCUGGUGCAGAAGUUCUCGCUGCGGGAUUGCAGCCCUCGGCUUAGUGAGGAGCUCUACCACCGCUGCCGCCUUAGCAACUUGGAGGGUCUGGGGGGCCGUGCACAGCUGGCCAUGGCUCUGUUUGAGCAGGAGCAGGCCAAUAGCACCUAACAUCCUGCUUGGGACCCUACACUGACCCCCUUGGCUGCCGUAGCCUGAGGAAGGGCAAGACAAGGUGAUGGACAGAUGGUGGGAUUGUUGUAUUUUUUUUUAAAUAAGAAAAUUUUUAUUAAAAGUAACUUCUGCCAAACUGAUUUUAGGUCUAGGGAAAAUGGGUUAAGGAAAAGUGUCUGAGGGAGGGAAUGUGGGGAAUUUGUGAUCAGGUACCCAACUGCCUUUCCCCUCCCUCCCUCUCUUCCUCCUUCCUUCCUUCCCCAUUCCCAAUGACCACAAAGCUGCUGUCUGGUGAAUGACCUUUAAUCCAGUCCUGCCCACCCCCCAGGACAGCGGGGAGGGAGACCAGUGCCGGGGCCUUGGCUGGUCCACGGUGAUGCUUGCUCAUGGGCUCCUAGGUGUUGCGCACAACCAACGACUGCUCCAGCUCCUGCCUGCGCUGCUGGAUCUGUAGAGGAAGCGCAGCGGGGGCAGGUUAUAGUGUUCCUGGUGAGUGGCCAGGACAGCCCUCCUUCUAGCACCCCAACCUGGAAGAGUCUGGGAGCUAGGAAGCCACUGCAUGGGGCUUUGGGGGUGGUGGAGAGGUCACCAUGGGGUGCAGCAAAGGCUGCUGACUCUUGAAAAGCAAGGAUUCUCUUGGAUUGGGGGAAGAGGGAGCCUCAAGUACAAGGGACCCCUACCUUACAGUAGAAGUAGCGGCUGACGGCCUCCUGGGACCAGGGCUGGUGGUAGAACUCAGCGCGGCGCUCCUCUUCAGGGUUGCCAGCCACGUCUGUCAUCACCUGGGAGGGAGCCGGGGUCAGGUCUGAGGGCCUCACCCACCCCAGGGUCCAGCGUUCAUGUCUUUUCUUCCCAUGUGCUUGUCUUUACUGCAGUGCUCCCCGAGCCCCCCCUUCACCUUGAGGUCACGGCUCUGGGAGCGGAGCAGGUCUUGGACAUAGCCUUUGGGGUCCCUGGAGAAGCUUAGCAUGAAGUCCCUCUGGAUCUUGAGCUGGUUUAUGGACUCAAUCGUCUCAUGGAUCUACAGGUAGAAAGACGUGAUUUCCACCUGCCCCUGUGAUGAGUGAGGAUGGGCAAAGGAAGAGGGAGGGAGGCAGGGAGGGGAGAGGGGCUUGUUUCUCCUAUGAAGGGCAAGCUCCUCAGAGCCCCUGCUUUAUUUGCCUUUGAGUCCAGCAAAUGGGGCCAGGGUAUGGGCACAGCUGAGUGUGGAGUGCGAUAGGCCUCCCAGCAGCAGGGAAGGCUUACGGUCUGGUCUGAGUGCUCUGUGCUCCUUGGGUUAGUGUCCCACUCCAGCUCUGGGCUCGGGCCCACCUUACUGUCCAGAGCACUGAUCUCCUGCUGGUUGGCCGUGGACAGGAGGAAGCUGCUCAUCUGCCCCUUCAGUGGCUCCUCCACCUCCACAUCAAUGUCGUAGCAUGCUGUCUUCUUCUGGUCUGAUGGGUCCACACUGCCAGGGAAGUCCAGCCCUUGGUGUCCGUAGUGCCCCUCCCCCAAGAAACCCAGGGCCCCGGGUUUGUGGUGGGUGCAUACGGAGGGAGGGGAGAGGUAGAAAGCAGGGGUGUGGGUAGAACACAGAAGGCAGGAAAUUCCUAGUCUGCGGAGCAAGCUGGGGCCACCUUACCUGAUGACGUGGUUGAUGACAAUUGGGUCUGGGGGCAGCAGCAGGGCUGUGAGGCGCUGGGGAAUUUCAGAAAACUUCAGGCGAGGACAAUCAAAAAUCUGAAGCAGGCCAGUUGAGAGGGAGAGGUUACACUUCUCUUGUCUGAAGAGAAGGUAACUACAUUUCUGGAUCCUUCCAUUCUGGAAAGACCACAUGAAGCUGAGAACAAGUCAGAUUCCUGGGUGUUUGUGAUGAGGCAGGCUGGAGGUGAAGCCACUAGCAUGGCUGGCAGGGAGGUUGGUGUAGGGCCCUGAGUCUUCCUGCCUGGGUGUUUGCUGCUGUCACCACACCUGUACGACCUUGAGCUCAUUACUUAACACCUAGGCCUUUAGUGUUGUCAUCUCUAGAAUGGGGAUCCUAGUAAUUCUCAUCUCACUGGUUGUCACAAGAACCCAUACACAUUAGUAAGUGCUUGGAACAGAGCCUGGUAAGUGCUCAAUAAAUAACUACCACUUCUACUCCGA